AUGCCGAAUAAAUGGAUCCUUGGGCCCACCAUGCUUAGACCACCUUUCCUCCUGGUGUGCGCCCGACCGGGUCAGCUGGACACACAGAACACCGAUCAACAGUGCUCCCGACCAGUUCCCCGGGUGCGCCCCUCCCACAUCACCCACACCACACCCCCCUGUGCCCCCCCCCGCCCCAAAUGCCCCAUGACCGCACCCCGUCAGAAACAUGAUCUAAGCAUGAGUGAGCACAAUGGCGUUGAGGAUAAAUGUCAUGCUAAAGCUGCAACAAGCGCUAAUGCGAGUUCCUUUCCGAUGCUGACGUUGCUCCACGCGGCCCGAUCUGCGGAGCUGAGGUGA